AUGUCAACUCCCACAUCCCCGAUCUGGCCGAAGCGCCGGCCCAAAGCAUGGGCCAUGCGAUGCGAGCGGUACUGCUGCGCGGCUGCGACAUACUUCCCGUUGGCAUUUGUCUACAGCUUGACAACAUGGGCCGUAUAUGUGGAAGCUAGCGUAGGCCUGAAGCCGACCAGUAGUUCCUGGAUUGGACUACCGAGCUCGAUCCUCGGAGUCGCCCUCUACCUACUCCUCAACAUCUCUUACACAACCGCCGUCUUCACCGACCCCGGAUCACCACUUGGUACGCGUCGUGGCGACCAACACUCAUACAGUGCUUUGCCGAUCACCGAAUUACCUGAAUAUACAUCCUUCACCGUGAACUCAUCCGGCGGGUCUCGGUUCUGCAAGAAAUGUCAGUGUCCGAAGCCGGACCGGGCGCAUCACUGUUCUACGUGCAAGCGGUGCGUGCUAAAAAUGGACCAUCAUUGUCCAUGGCUGGCGACUUGCGUUGGAAUGCACAACUACAAGGCGUUCCUGCUUUUCUUAAUAUACACAUCGUUGUUUUGCUGGGUGGACUUUGGCGUAUCGGCUAUAUGGAUUUGGACAGAGGUGUUCAAUGACACGCGUUAUAUGGAUGGAAUCUUGCCGGUUAACGUCGUUCUGCUGUCGAUUCUCGGAGGUAUCAUCGGCCUCGUUUUGACUGGGUUUACGGCGUGGCAUAUCAGUCUUGCCGCCCGUGGGUUGACUACGAUUGAAUGUUUGGAGAAGACUCGGUAUGUCUCACCGUUGCGGAAAGCGCUGGAUCGCCGCCGCUACAAUGGCCUGCUGGGCAACAAUGAUGCUAGGAACGGUGGUGAGGAACCGGAGAGCUUUGGCGGCCGACUACAGAGCUAUGGGAACCGGAUCCUGGACGCCCAUGCGAAUGCUAUACCUGGUGUUACCCGCCCGGAAGAGGGCGUGGACUCGAGCGAGAACCUAACACCCGCGCAACAAGCGCUGUCUCGCUCAUAUGCGGAUCUGGAACGGCAACGCGAGCACGACCGCUAUGAAGACUACUUGGCGGAGCUCGAUAACGAAAAGAUGCCGCAUGCGUUUGACCUCGGUUGGAAGCGCAAUCUGCUACAUCUGUUUGGCCACAGGCCUCUUCAUUGGCUGAUACCUACGCACACGACGGAAGGGAAUGGUUAUGAAUGGAACCCGAGUCCCAAGUUCUUGGAAGCGCAAGAACGAGUCCGUCAGCAACGGGAGCAAGUAGCGGAUGAGCAACGACAGUACCAACGUGAUUUGUAUUUGCGGAAUAUGGGUAACAGCCGCGCCUGGCUAGGCUCUGACUUACCACCGGGAUGGACACCAGACCAGCCCCUUGGCGGACUGUAUGAUCCUGAGCGACCAGCUACUGGCGUUUCAAUGAAGACACUUGCUCCUCGAUCUCCGCGGCCGCGGCCGGGCGAGGAAACCGAUACGGAAGACCUCGAUAAUGAUGACUUUGCUCUCGAGCCUACUCAUGGCAAGGGGUCUGGGAAGCAAGGCUCACGUGAAGACGACUGGCGCGAUUGGGAUUGA